CUGAGGUUGGGAGUCGGGUUUAGGGUCAGAGCUGGGUCCUAAGUCGGGCCUCAAGAUUUGGAGGCGGGCAUGGUGGGAUUGGAGUCAGGUUUAUAGUAAGUAUUUUACAUAACUUAUUAAUAUAAUAUAAUAUAACAUGGUGUACCGACUACUCUUAAUGAAUUUUUUUAUAUUAAAAAAAUUAUUUAUAAUAUUUAAUGGUUGAUUAUCAUGUUCAUGUGCACAUUUGGUUGUAUUAGUUUUUAAUUUAAGCUAACAUGUGUACUUCUAUAUAUUAAAUAAAACUACCUAUCAUAGAAAUAAUAAAAAUAAUGAAAAAAUGUACUACUAUAAUGUAUUAACAAUAAAAAACCUUUGAAUUCAAACUCACAUAUAAAUAUAUUUUUAAUGGAAACAUCAUUUAUUUCUUAAUCAAAUUAAUGACCAAAACAAAUGUAUACAUAAAUAUAAAUAAUUUAUAGUCUUGGGUGAAUUAUUAUAGCUACAUAUAGUUUACAUAAACUUGAGUUCAUUAUAGCUAGUUUUUGUGCAAAUUAAAGAUCAUAUCAUGGGUGGUAAUGAUUAUGAUGUGGUGAAGUUACAUGGACAUUGGGCUAGUCCUUUCAGUACUAGGGUUUUAUGGGCUCUUAAUUUAAAGAAGGUACCCUAUGAAUUCAUAGCUGAAGAUCUUCCCAACAAGAGUGAGUUACUCUUACAAUACAAUCCAGUUCAUAAGAAGAUUCCAGUGCUUGUUCAUGGCGGAAAACCCAUAUGCGAGUCCAUGGUGAUUAUCGAGUACAUCGAAGAGACAUGGCCUCAAAGCCCUAGCUUGCUCCCUAAAGACCCUUAUGAAAGAGCAAUAAUUCGUUUUUGGGUUCAUUUUGUUGAACUUAAGGGGCCAUCAAUUUGGAUGGUAUUUAGAACUUUUGGAGAAGAGCAAGAGAAAGCAAAGAAAGAGAGUGUUGAAAUGUUGAGAAGAAUUGAAGAGUUUUGUGUUGAAAAGAUUAAUAAUAAUACCAAUAAUAAGUUCUUUGGAGGAGAAGAGAUUGGAAUAUUGGACAUUGCUCUUGGAGGCAUGAUUGUUGAGUGGUAUGAUGUAAUUGAAGAGAUAGUUGGUGUGAAAUUGUUUGAUCCCAAAGAAUUUCCUCAUCUUCAUCAAUGGGUUAAUCACUUUAAACAAGUUCAUGUUGUUAAACAAAACCUUCCUCAUCAUCAUCAAUUGUUGCUCUUUUUCAAGGCUAUUAGACAAAAUUUCAUCCCAACUACUCCUUAAUAGUUUAUUAUAGAUAAUGAUAAAUAUGUAUACUAAGAUUAAUGUUUGAAUUGUUGUGGUUGUUAUGUUGUUGUUGUUUUUUCAAUAAAGAAAUGUGUUUGAUCAAUUUGUAAGCAUUCUCAUCCAAAGGAAGAAAAGAACGAUGUCGAUAGAAAUGUAUCUCCCAUCAAGUUUGGCCUUUCUUUUCUUAUUAAUAUAACUUUUAAUGACAUAUUAUUCAU